UGUCAGCAGAACGGAAUUUAUCAACACUUUUGUGACACUUCUCCCACAAAGGUAUCUUUUCUAAUUGGAAAAAGACAAAAGAAAACAAGACUGACGAUGUACCUGUUACCUUCAUCCAGUGAAACACUGAUCUCAAUUACAGCUGAACUUAGAGAUUCACUAUCAUGCCUCGACAUUGUGUGGUCUGAUAUGUUUGAGUCUGAAGACUCAGUCAUUAACUCUAAAGUUUGUAGGAAGCAUGAGAUUGACUUUCUUAAAGGAGCCCCACCACAGUGGCUAAAUUUUUAUACAUCUCCAAACUCACCAUUGGUCGAAAGGGAUCGCUUUAAAGAUUUAAUACAGUUAGUUGAGGAAAAAAAAGGAAAAAGUCGCUUGAUCACUGAAGUUUCUUUACAAUACUAUCCUGGGACUGGAGGCUCAACUCUCGCCAUGCAGGUGCUUUGGCGUUUCCGGAAAGAUCUCAGAUGUGCCAGAGUGAUCGAUUCAGAUCUAGAUAUCAAAGAGCUCUCAAAACAAGUGGUGGACCUUUUUCUGCUGUCUAAUGAAGAACAUGCUGAACAAGAUCGGAAAACUGUGCUGCUGUUACUGGACAUCAAGAAAAUCACAAACGAUGAUAUGUUAAUAAAGAAUAUUCUCCGACAAGACCUGAAUGAAGAAAUACAUGAGAGGGACAUCACUACAGACAUUCCAGUUGUGAUCAUUUUUAAUUGCAGCCCUGCAAACCUUCCUACCAUUGUUCAUUCAACUGAUGAUGUGAAACUUAAAAUGGAGCUCUUAACAGAGGAGAAGGAGAGGUUUGAUCAGAAAAAGAAAAAGCUAAAAAAGAAAUACAAGGAAAUAUCACAGAAGUUUCAUGCAUUUAACAUAAUGCAGGGAGGUUUCAAGAAAGAGGAUGCUGAAAAAGUGAUCACAGAAGAAAUGAAAAAACAUGUUGAAAAUCACAAGGAAGCCAGCAGCACAAGACUUCUCAGUUUUUUGGCUUUGAUAAAUUCAUAUGUCCCAGGUUCACACUUUUCGAAGCGUUUCUGUGAGGAAUUCAUGGAUCAAACAAAACAGCCUCUGGAAACUAUAAUGAAGCCUUUCAUGGAUCUCAUAGUCAUUUUUUCUGAAGGAGAACAAGAAGAACAAUGCAUACGCUUGGCACAUCAAAUGAUUGCUGAUGCCUGUCUAAAACUGUUCACUGAGAACAAUGUGACAAGAUGUGACAUCACUCUUGACUUCUUGAACAGUUUGGUACAAGGAAAGGAGAGUAUUUAUGAACAAAUUUGCAAGAGAAUGUUAGUCACAAGACUUGAGACAGGACAAGAAAAGGAGAGGUUUUCUAGGCUGAUUCUUGACAUCAUAAGGGAAAAUAAAACUAACAAAUUCAUUAGUUUGUUGGAGUUGGCUUCAAGUUUGUUCUCUGAAGACCCUACUUAUCCUCAAACGCUUGCUCGUUUGUAUUACAUUGUGGUAAAAGAGGAAAACAAAUUUUCUGAGGCAAUAAAAUGGUCAAAAAAGGCCAUUAAUCGAGAUCUUAAAAAAUCUGAUAUCAAGAACACAUUGGGACAAGUCCACAAAAAACACCUGCUGAAUGAAACUAAAAAGCAAUUCUCAGACAUUAAAGUGUGUUUGCACAUUGCACAGUCUGCCAUUGAUGCAUUUAAAGAUGAAGAGGAAGCUGCUGAAGGUGAGGCAGAAAUCAACACCAAAUUCAAUAGCAGGGGUCUCUUUGGGUUCCUCCAGGUUUGCAAGAUCAUACAUUCAAAAACCCCUCUUGAAGACUCUGAACAAGAAUACAGUAAGUUUAUCAGUGGUCUCAAAAGUGAUGUGGAGACGAAAUAUGAUUUCUUUGAAUGGUUCCUGGCAUUCUCAAGACCAAACAUAAAAAAAGGGGACCCAGACUACAUUCCCGAAAAUGUUGAAGAGUGCUACAUGCACUAUUUUAAACAGAGAGAGCAGACAGAAGAAAUGACUCUGAUUGAGAAAAAAAUGAAGUCUUUUGGAGGACUACUUCAUUUCCUAAAAUCAGACAUAAAUAUGCUUAAAGAAAAUCAGAGUGCACUCAAAAAUCCACAAUCUGAACAUGAAGUGGUUCUCUACAUUCUUGCCAACAUUAUCUUGAGUCAGUCUGGUGAGCCGUGUGAAAAAGCAGAAGAUCUUCAGGCCAGGUUACAGGAGCUUUGGGCAACAAAGGCUCAAGAUAGAAGCCCAGAGUUUUACCUCUUGGUACUUUUGCUCUUUUGGCCUGAUGACGUGCUGCCAGCAAUCCCAAACCCACCAAACCUUGAAAACUGUGUCCAAUUUAUGGUUCAGUCACACAAGAGAAAGUAUCAGAAAUACCUUCGCGGUCGCUACCUGGUGCCUCUGUUCUUCUUAGGGAAAGGAAAAGGUUUGCAGAGGCUGGUCCACACCUCAAAACUAGAUCAAAUUGAUCUGGAGAUCCUCACUGAAGGACAUGAAAAAGCAGAAAUUGAAUGUCUUCAGCGCAUCAAAGGGAAGGUUGAGGAUAAUAAAGUGCUUGUUGUUAGAGACAAUGAACAGAUUCAAGUCACUCCUCACAACUGGGUCAGUGUGUACAAACCAGGCCAGGUGUCUUUCUACAUUGGCUUCAAUAUCAGAGGACCUGUUGCCUGCAACAUCAGAUAUGACGAGAACUUGAACGCUUGCUCUCUCAGUCGUGGUCGACAUAAGCCAGGUGGCGGUCGAGGCUCUUCAGAAUCCUGCAGUGUUUGCCGCAGCGGCUGCAGAUGAAGGGACUCUCUCCGGCGUGAGAGCGCCAGUGCAGCCGCAGCUUCCUCCAGUGUCUGAACCUCUUCCCGCACUGCGUGCAGCUGUAGGGCCUCCUGAAGUGAGCUUUCUGGUGCUGCCGCAGCGUCCUGCGCAGGAUGAAGGCUCUGGAGCACAGCGAGCAGCCGUGGGUCCAUGCAUUUCACUGUCACUCACAGCUACUGUAGUUUGUAUCAUCUUAUCUUCUGCAACAGCUAACACUUGAGUAUUGCUCUUUCCCCUUCCUUCACUUUUUGCACUACUUGUUCGCAUUUACUUAUUUAGUCAAUUGUACACACUAUGUGCUUUCAAAUCUCCACCAUUACUACUAACACUCGGAAGGCACGCACUGUACGGUGGAGGCAGGCCAAUCCUACUAAUCUACGGCCUGUUCCUCUGUCAUCUACUACUUUGCUCUCUAUUCCAAUUGGUCUCUGGAACUGCCAGUCUGCU